AUGUCGGCUCCAUUUCCCAAUCUUUACACACAUAGGAAGGUGGCAGAGAGUGCCUCCAAAGCUUGUGAUAUCUGCUACAAGCCCAGCACUUCUGUUCUCAUUACCCCGGAUAAAAAGGACUUCUUCUAUGUUUGUCCAGCGCAUUUGAAAGACACCUACUUUUGCACACCAAAGAUUGAUGAGGAAGCUCUCAAGGCUAAGCGCGAGAAGGAACUGGCAGAAGAAACUGAAAAACUAAAGAAAGAGUACGUGGAACGCCAGCGCAAGAAAAAGGAAAAGGCAGCCAAGGACAAAGAUAAGAAAGACGACAAGGAUAAGGACAAGGAUCAGGAGAAGGAGAGCGACAAAAAGGAUGAUAAAGAUAAGGCUGAGAGUACAUCAACUGAUGAUGCCAAAGAUAAGGAAUCCAGCACACCAACCGAAGAGCCACGAGUCUUUGAGCUGAAGAGUGCGUUUUAUCAGCAACGUCUUCAACGAAAACGGCAGGCGGAAGCGGCAAAAAGAGAUCGUGAACGAGUCUCCCAGCCAGGUUAUUUCCCGAGUGUACCAUCAGGCCCUCCUACCAAAUGA